AGCCGCCGCAAAGCGAAAACGGCGCGGGGGAGCGGGCCGGGGGGGCCGGCCCGGCCCCGGGAUGCCGCGGCGGUUGCGCAAGGGGGGGUCUUUCCCGCAGCCGGUGGGCGGGCUGCGGCUUUAAAGGUGCUGCGCGGGGAGGGCAGCGGAGCGGUGCGGGGCGGCGCGCUGGAGGACUAGGUCGGCGCUGCCGCGGAGCAGGAGAGCAGCUCGCCCGGCUCCAGCUGUCGGAGCCAGCCCGAACCGCCGAGACCGCCCGGACGGCACCUUCCUGAGCCGGUGCUGCGACCCGCGCAGGGCUAUGCUCUCCUACCGCCUGCUCGGCCCAAGGCAUCCCUCCAAGUGGAUGCUUGCUCCUCUCUUCCUCUUGCUGGCUGAGCUGGGCUCCAGCUUCCAACCCACCUACCAAUGGAAGGAUGCUGCGACGAAGGAGAAAGUCACUUGCCAGCAGUGCCCGCCAGGGACCUUCGUGGCACAGCACUGCACCAGGGAGAGACAGACGGUGUGCGAGCCCUGCCCGGACCUGCACUACACGCAGUACUGGAACUACCUGGAGAAGUGCCGGUACUGCAAUGUCAUCUGCGAGGAGAAGCAGGUAGAAGUGCAGCAGUGCAAUUCCACCCACAACAGAGUGUGUCAGUGCCGGGAGGGCUAUUAUUCGGAAAUGGAGUUCUGCAUCAGGCACUCCGAGUGUCCUCCUGGCUCCGGCGUCUUUAAACUGGGUACCCCCUUCGAGAACACCCAGUGUCGUCCCUGCCCCCAGGGGUCCUUCUCGUCCUCCAACUCCAGCACCAAGCCGUGCCAGGCCCACCAGGACUGCUCGCGGCAGGGGAAGAUGACCAACGUCCAAGGAAAUCAGUACCACGACACGCUCUGCACCUCCUGCGGCAUGGGGAGAGGCAACGGCACGUGGGGAGCAGCAGCCCGGGAAGAGGAAGACUGCGAACAAGCGGUGAUCGACUUUGUGGCUUACCAGAACAUCCCCGUGAGGAAGCUGAAGCGCCUGCAGCAGCUCCUCGAGCACUCACCACGCAAGCAGACGCCGAGCAGCCGGGCGGCCAUCCAGGAGAAGUUCAGGGCUUACCUCAUCCAGCUGAAGGAGGGUCACUACGAAGUCACCAGGGAGCUGCUGGAGGCACUGCGGGCCACCAAGCUGCACUCCAUCGAGGAGAAGGUCCGCGAGCGCUUCCUCCUGUCCUGAGCAGACGAACUGGACUUUUUAUAGGUUUUGGGGGGGAGUCGCGUUGUGUACGUUGGGUUUUCUUGGUUUUUUUGUUUUUUUUUCCACUGUGGCUUCAUUAAUUUAUUAGUCUUUCAAAAACUAACUUGAAAUGCACCAUGGAGAGGAUGAACGAUAGGUUGGAGUUGGGCAGCCGCCGCGAGGCCAGGUCUGCGCGCGGGUGACCUUGGUCCGCUGGGAACAGCCGUGUGUCCGUGCGAGGAGCUGCCGCGCGCGGGGCCCGCGGAGACCCUGGUCCAUCUCGGGGCACUGGCCACUUCCAGCCCUCAAUACGGGUCAAUGUUUUAUCAGAAGAGAAACACGCGACCAAGGUCAUUUUUCUGGGGAAGGGCCCUGUUCCCCCUUUUUAGGCUUCCGUGCAGCUUAGUUUUAAACAGUCUGGUUUUGUAUUUUUAAUUAUUUAAUGAUAUUUUCUGCAGAGGAUCCACUUGCGUUUUUUUGUCACACUGGUUUUGAGAGUUUGCUGAGAUAGCUGGGGUGUAGGAUGCCCCGGAAGUCACUGGUACAGCUGGCUUUAACUUUACGUCUGAACUACCUGAUUUUAUACUGUAUGUGAAAUACGUUUUGUAAAGAAAAAAAGCAAAGAAGUUAUUUUAUUAUAAGAGUCUCUGGCACCGGA